CAAUAUCCUUUGGAGAGGCAAACCAUCCCUACACUUUAGUGUGAUCAGUUCCUUGCACAGUGGAAAGUUACUGAAUUCUCUUGCAAGUGGUAAGAGAAGAAGGCAAUCUGAGUGAGGAACCGUGUGAGGGCAUUCAGUAUAAUAGGAAGGUGGGGAAGGAAGAGGGCGGUAAGGAGAGAGAGGGAGGGAGAGGAGGCCACAAAAUAGCGGUUCUGCUUUGCAUUAGCGCUUUGGAGAGGACCUUUGUGUCCCCUGACAAUCUCUGAAGAAGAUAAUUGAGACUUGAGUAUCAAGACUUGUGCCAGUGUCAGAUUCUUCCCUUUCAUCCCCGUCUCACCAGUUCAGGGUGGUAAGCUUUCCUUUCAAUGCCAUACACAAUAAGACAGGAAAGAGAAUGUAAAGACGUGUGUAGGACUCCUCUGCCCUCCACCCCAUUUUAACUCUCAAGAAAACUUUGGGGUCUUUUUCUAUUCACUGGUCUUUUUAAGAGGCAAUUGCCAUUUCUCAAACUCCUCCGCCUACCCCCGCCCCUCGCCUUAAAUAAAAAAUGUUACGUGACUUAAGGAUUUUCUUUCAAAUCAAUUCUGUAGCUAUUCAGUCGGGGUCGGUCACAGUAGAUCAGGUUUAUCCCCACUUCCCAUAUCCUCAGCUCUCAGUUCAGCUUUGGCAGUGAAGAUCCUACCCUAAGCUGUUGCGACCCAACCCCCACCCUAAACAUUGCACUGAGCUGCGGAAAGCUGAGACAGCCAAUUUUGGAUUAUGGGAUUCCUAGGACAUCAGGUCAAGCAACUGAGAGGUCCACCCGGGGUUAAAUUCCACAGAUGAUUUCUUCUCUCUCUGGGAUCAGUUCUUUAACAUCUGGGUUAAUCAGAUCGUGCAGACUAAGCGCAGUAAACAGCUGGGCACGUUGCUCAGUGCCCAGAACCACCUGACCAGUCGUUCUUACAAACAACUUCAGGACAUACCAGCUCCAAAAGGCGUGGAGCCUCUGCAUGCGGAUAAGGCAGAAGCAAAGCCAAGCACAGUUUGGACCUUUAAGGCCAAGUCUGCACUUUUGAGAGUUCCUUUGACUUUUAGAUAAGUUUUGAAAUUGGAUUUACUCAAAGGUGUAGAGUGGCAACUGCGCGCGGCUGAAAAAAAUAUAUUUGCACUCACAUAUUCCUCAGAUUCUUCACAAACAGGGAUGGAAGAGAAAAGUUAGGUAGUCAAAGGUCAGCAUUAAAAUAAAGGACUUGCCACCAAAGAGCCCGUGCACUUUUCUUAGCUGGUUUAUACGUCGGGAGCACCUCCCCGCUCCUGCGCACGCGCAAACUGCGGCCCCGCCUCCCCUUGGGGCGUAAGACAUGCGCAUGCGCCCUCAUUGCAUCAGCCACUUGGUCCGUGCUGGCGGCUGGAACCGCGGAGAGUACGGCGUUCGCUGCGGUGGGUCUCGCGCCGGUUUGGCGCGGCGUGACCGAGACUGAGAGAAGAAAGGCUAAAGUAAGUGCUCCCCUCGGCCGCUUGAGUCGGAGAUAGAGUAUUUCCUUUCCGCCAGGCAAGUGCUAUAGGAACCGGACCCCGCCCCCUUCCCGGCCUAGACUUCCUUUCCCCUCCCUGCCCCUUUCCCGGUGGGGACCCCCUCGGUUCCUCUUGUUCUGGCAGUGAGCCGCUGCCAGGGUCAUGAGGCUCGUGAGGAAGGACAUCGAGAAAGACAAUGCGGGCCAGGUGACCCUGGUCCCCGAGGAGCCCGAGGACAUGUGGCACACCUACAAUCUAGUGCAGGUGGGCGACAGCUUGCGCGCCUCCACCAUCCGCAAGGUACAGACCGAGUCCUCCACGGGCAGCGUGGGAAGCAACCGGGUCCGCACCACCCUCACUCUCUGCGUGGAGGCCAUCGACUUCGACUCUCAAGCCUGCCAGCUGCGGGUCAAGGGAACCAACAUCCAAGAGAAUGAGUAUGUCAAGAUGGGGGCUUACCACACCAUCGAGCUGGAGCCCAACCGCCAGUUCACCCUGGCCAAGAAGCAGUGGGACAGUGUGGUUCUGGAGCGCAUCGAGCAGGCCUGUGACCCAGCCUGGAGCGCCGAUGUGGCAGCUGUGGUUAUGCAGGAAGGCCUCGCCCAUAUCUGCUUAGUCACUCCCAGCAUGACCCUCACUCGGGCCAAGGUGGAGGUGAACAUCCCUCGGAAACGGAAAGGCAACUGCUCCCAGCAUGACCGAGCCUUGGAGCGGUUCUACGAACAGGUGGUCCAGGCCAUCCAGCGCCACAUACACUUUGAUGUUGUAAAGUGCAUCCUGGUGGCCAGCCCCGGAUUUGUGAGGGAGCAGUUCUGCGACUACAUGUUUCAACAAGCGGUGAAGACUGACAACAAAGUGCUCCUGGAAAACCGGUCCAAAUUCCUUCAGGUACAUGCCUCCUCUGGACACAAGUACUCCCUGAAAGAGGCCCUUUGUGACCCUACUGUGGCUAGCCGCCUUUCAGACACUAAAGCUGCUGGGGAAGUAAAAGCCUUGGAUGACUUCUAUAAGAUGUUACAACAUGAACCAGACCGAGCUUUUUAUGGACUCAGGCAGGUGGAGAAGGCCAAUGAGGCUAUGGCCAUUGACACAUUGCUCAUCAGCGAUGAGCUCUUCAGGCACCAGGAUGUAGCCACCCGGAGCCGGUAUGUGAGGCUGGUGGACAGGGUGAAAGAGAAUGCAGGCACUGUUAGGAUAUUCUCUAGUCUUCAUGUAUCUGGGGAGCAGCUCAGCCAGUUGACUGGAGUAGCUGCCAUUCUCCGCUUCCCUGUCCCUGAACUCUCUGACCAAGAGGAUGAUUCCAGUUCUGAAGAAGAUUAAUGAUUGGAACUUAUGAUUGAGACAACCUUGUGUCUCUUCACUGUUACAUUUUCUCAGCAUCCUUGUGACAGGGAGCUGUGGCACUUUGUGAUUCUUACAAGGAUUUCUCAUGUGUUUAAUCUCACUAGGUAUUUUGUGGUUGGCAGGGCAUGUAUUCAGACCAAACAAUAAAUUAAAAGGAAAUAAUCUCCAUGUUCGUUAUACCAUCUUUAUUAAUUAGGAUAAUUUUAUAUAGGAAUUAUGACUUAUUUGCAAUACUUAAAAACAUUUUGAGUAUUUAAUAAGAAUGCCUAUAUAUUUUUUGGGAUAGAUCAUAACACCCCAUACUUGAUGCUUUGAAAUAGUUUUCCUUAGGAAAAGCCUUUUAAUAUUUCAUUAUCCUUGGUUUCCGUUAUUUUAAUUCUGCAUAGUGUUUCUUGCACUGUGUUUAAUGAUCCCCUUUCUUCCCAUUUCUCCUACACUCCAUUUUUUAAAAAUUUUUAAAUUUAUUUGCUAUUUUAAAUGAUAGCCAAAUAAUUAGUAGACUUUUCUUGAAGACAAGUCUAAAAAUGGUAUUUUUCUUAAGAGACUUGUUAAACCAAUCAUGUUAAAAGUAAGCUUUAGGUGUUUUUUCAUUAGAAUUAAUCAUAUUUGCUUUAGAGCACCACUUAAUCAGUUAUUUUUAGAUCAUGGAGUUUUGAUCUGCUAGGGAUUCUCAAGAUAAUCUAUUUGAGGCAUCUUUAUUCUUAAAAUGAGACUGAGGUGUGUGAUUUGCUUGCUGUGUGGCUAA